AUGACCAGGACUAACUUGGGACAGCAUCUGGCCUGGCUUUUAAACCGUGGUCCAUCGCUGUACCCAACUCUGGACCUGUCGACGCGACCAGAUGAAGGCGGCACCACGACUGUUGUGACGACAACGACGACAACAAGCCCACCUGUUUCGGUAAAUGCAGAGUCGACUGGAACACUCCAGAAGUCAUUGGCGAAGUCGGAUCAGGCACACCCCAGGAAUAAUGAGCCAGAGGUGAUUGUGGACGAUGAUGGAGAUAUCGUCAUUGCGGACGCGGACAUGGCACGGCUGGAAUUUGCUCCCAAAUCGGCAACGAAACCUCGGAUGCUUACUUGCAUGAACAAUGCUCCCUCAAGUACGCCAAAGACUCCAGGUACUCGCGUGUCUCGGGAGAAUGCCAGUGCGCGGCUCGAUACCCAGCAGCGCAGUUCGGUCAAAGACUCAGAACUCUUCUCGCCGAAUCCUACGACGCGGAAGACGCCCUCCCAUCACUCUGCAUUACCGUCACCGCUGCCGGACUUGAAGUCGUUCGAUGGAGUGGAAUCCAUUGACCUAACUGGUGAUAACGACCAAUUUACGUCGUCUGGCACCACUGAGGUAUUUGGAGAACCGCAACGUUUGUGGCGUGAGGAUUUUGCAUCUCGCAAGGAGCCUCUUCCAAAGAGAGGGAAAAAACGGAAAAGCGAGGAAUACGAAUCGGACCUUGUGUCACCUGGGAAGAGCUCUCCUCGGAUCAGAUCCUCUGGAUCACCAGCGAAAACAAGAGUGGUCGAUGAAUCUACUUCUCUCGCAUCACCAAAGCAUGUUGCCAGAACGCCCAAGACACCCGCGCGAGGAACCAGCCACCAAUCACACAUACGCCCAACGUUAAAGAACAGCUCCAGUACCACCAAUCGUCGCGGCCGCAAAAGGGUUAUUGCCGACUCCGAUGACGAGGAUGGUGAUCAGGGUCAUGCUGACGAGGUUCACGAUCUGGAUGUGCUUUCUUCUGAUUCGGAUGAGGUACUUUAUCCGAACCUCUCCAAGCUCUCUCAGCCCAGAUCUAAAACGAAUAAGUCUCUGGCACCCCCAAAGCCUGAGACUGAGGACGUGAUUGAGGUAGCAGCUCCCACCAGCAAUGAGCCUCCUCCGAGUACUUCCCCUUACCGUGCCUCGCAGAGUAAGGGACAUAGAAAUGCUGAGGAUAUUCGUUCCUUGGAAAGUGUCCCAACGCCUUCUUUUUCCCAGGGAUGUAGAAACACAAAUGUCUCAAACUUUCUGGAGCUACCUGCUGAAGCUAUUGACAAGGCCCUUGCGACACUUCGCCGGGAGCUCAAGGCAAAUGCGGAGAUCGUGUAUCAGUUCGCUAUGGAAGGAGAGGCACCUCCAUCGGAGGUGAUUGCUCAAAAUAAAUCCCUAAUUUCCAGAAUCAAUGGGAUUGAACAACUAAAAGUGGACCGAGUGGCCUACCAGGAAUGCGCGGCAAAGAAGGAAAGUCUGAAGAAAAUGAUGAUCCAGGCCAUUGAGCAAGGAGGUGAUCUGACGACGAAGACAGCGGAACUGGAAGAAAGUCGGUCUAUUGCCAAAAAUCUCCAGGAGAUCGAAGCGCGGAUGGCAGAUCUCCUGAAGCUUGUGGACUUUGACUUUUCUGACCCGUCAAUAUUGGGUGGAACUUCAGACACGAGUGUCUUGGUAGAAGCCACGCAGCAAUUUCCCGUCCCGCCUCUGCCAGAGCGAGUUCAGGAUAAGCUAGGUGAGGGUAGUAAAAGUCCAGCACCUGGAGUGCAGCGGCAAUCGCCUUCGAAGCCGACAGUGCCCAGCAUCACGGCCUCCAGCAAGGCCAGUAACACGAUCGUUAAUGAGGACGACAGCAAUGAUUUCGAGUUUGAUGAUGAGGAUCUUUUCACUCGGAAUAUGGGUUCGCCACCUGCUAUGGGAGAUGAGCUAGACGAGUUUGAUCUCGACGCUUUGGACCACGACGACUUCCUCGAAGCGGCUAACAACUUCGAGGAUGCCCAUGUCCCAUCAACGGAAGAGUACGGUUCGCAGAACCGCCAAGUGUUUGCUGAAACCUCAGGGAAUAUCAAUCGGGUCCCGUCGACCUCGCCGACUAAGAAGAUGACACCGCCGGACCCCGCUUCGCUGAUGAGCUAUCCUUGGUCAAAGGAUGUCAAGGCUGUGAUGAAAGACCGCUUCCAUCUGCGCGGCUUUCGCCCUAACCAACUGGAAGCGAUCAAUGCAACACUGAGCGGCAAGGACGCAUUUGUUCUUAUGCCCACGGGAGGCGGCAAGUCGCUAUGUUAUCAACUACCGUCCGUGAUCAACAGUGGUAAAACAAAAGGUGUCACCGUUGUCGUAUCGCCCUUGCUGAGCCUUAUAGAGGACCAAGUUGAGCAUCUGAACCAACUGAAAAUAAAGGCCUUCUUCAUCAAUGGCGAUGCUAGUCAAGAACACCGAAAAUUUGUUGUGGACACUCUGGCAAAACGCACAGCCGAUGAGACCAUACAGCUGCUAUAUAUCACUCCUGAGAUGAUCAAUAAGAGUUCGAAUCUUCGCAGCAGUUUACGAAAACUAUAUCACAACGGGAAAUUUGCUCGCCUUGUUAUUGACGAAGCUCACUGUGUAAGCCAAUGGGGUCACGAUUUCCGUCCGGACUACAAAGAAUUAGGAGUUAUUCGCGCCGAAUUUCCUGGUGUUCCAGUCAUGGCGCUUACUGCAACAGCCACGGAGAAUGUCAAAGCGGACGUUAUACACAAUCUGAGAAUGGACGGCUGCGAUAUCUUUUCACAAAGCUUCAACCGACCGAAUCUCACCUACGACGUGCUCCCGAAAAAAGGAAAGGCGGCAGACGUUGUUGCACGGAUAGCGGAGAUUAUUACCUCUCUGUACAAGCGUAAAGCUGGCAUAGUUUACUGUGCCUCCCGGGCCGACUGCGAGAAAGUUGCUCAACAGCUGAAAAAGGAUCACGGUAUCAGAGCUGUGCAUUACCAUGCUGGCAUGGAAGCUGCACGCAGAACGAAGAUCCAACGCGACUGGCAAGCUGGGAAGUAUGACGUGAUUGUGGCAACAAUUGCUUUUGGAAUGGGUAUCGACAAACCAGACGUUCGUUUUGUCAUUCACCAUACGAUGCCAAAGAGCCUGGAAGGAUAUUAUCAGGAGACCGGGCGGGCCGGUCGAGAUGGGAAGCGCUCUGGUUGCUAUCUGUUCUACAGUUAUAGAGAUACAGCAGUCCAGAGACGUCUGAUCGACAAAGGUGAAGGUGACCGGGUGCUAAAGGACCGUCAGCGCCAGAUGUUGCGAAACGUCAUCCAGUUCUGUGAAAAUCGGAUUGACUGCAGGAGGGUCCAAAUCCUGGCGUACUUCAACGAGUCUUUCCGUCGGGAGGAUUGCCACCGCUGCUGCGAUAAUUGCAAAUCAGACGCCGUCUUCGAAACCCGCGACUUUACUAAUUAUGCUGUACGGGCUCUAGAACUUGUGGGUGGUUUCCAGGAACGCAAGGAAGAUGUGACUUUACUCCAGUGUAUCGAUAUAUUUGCGGGCUCGCUGAAAAGGAUCAGCGAAGCCCACAAGAAACUGCCGGGGUACGGUGCUGGCAGCGAUCUGGAACUAGGUGUGGUUGAACGAUUGUUUUUUCGACUGUUGAGCGAAGAAGCCUUAGAGGAGGAGGUCAAAGUGAGCGGCCACGGCCGCCGACAAUUUACCCACCAAUACGUUAUCCUUGGGCCAAAAGCCGCCGAAUUUUCCAACGGAGAGCGUCAGCUCAAACUCCAAAUACGCGUCUCGCCUGAUGUCCACCAACGUGCCAUCUCCUGUCCAGUCUGCAUCGCGUCGUCGGCAAAUCCGCCAAGGCAAACAGGCGCUAAGAAGAGACCGUCGUCAGGUCAUGAAGACGAUGAUGAUGAUGACGAUGCCGACAGCGAUGGCUUCGAGAGGAUUCGUAUCGCAGGAAAACCGAAUCGAUCCAAGAAAAAUACAGUGGGACCUCCGAUUACCGAUGAUACCAGGAUGAAGGAUCUAGACCCAUCCCAUCGACUGGUAGUUGAAGAAUUCGUCAGACAAGCAAAGGAGGAGUGUGAUCUGAUCAAGAUGCAGAAGAAUCUCCGAAAUCAACCUUUCCCGGACCUCAUUUUGCGCGAAAUGGCGAUUCGCUUCACUACAGACGUGGAUCAGAUGCUUGCAAUUCCUGGUAUCGAUGCGGAUAAAGUAGAACGUUACGGGUCCCAGUUUGCCCAGCUUGUCCGAGACGCGAAACGCCUCUAUGAAAGGAUGAAAAAGAAGGAGAGCCCGGAGGAUAAUGAUGUCGUGCCGGAUCCGAACCAUGCUACCGUCAUCAACAUCAGCAGUGACGACGAGUACAGCAGCGGUGAAGAGAUUUUCAACGACGCUGACAGCCUGGACGCCAGCACCCAAAACAUCACCAGCCGAUAUUUCGACAAUUCGUCGAGUCGAUCUGUACAGAACAGAUCGUCAAGGCCUGCUGGCAGCACGCAAUGUAACCUCUUUCUCUGUCUCAAUUCUCAUAUAUUGGAUGACCUGAUGACUAACUUUCUCGCGUUAGUAACGGACCUUGACACUAUCCGCAGCACGACCAGUCAUCGAUCAGCAUCUCCGUCCACCGCGUCGACCGCAUCUCGAAGUCGACAGCGAUCAGGCUACAAGCGGGGCUGGAAGAAUAAGUCCACGACAUCAAAGCGGAAAUUCUCCUCAGGGUCCCAGCGAACCAAGACUAGCAGCAGUAAGAGCAACGGCAGCAGCAGUCGUGCAACGUCUUCUUCGACGAAGAAGGGAGGAGGAACAAGCAGCGGCACAAAACCAUCACACCCACGGAUUGAGAUGAUGCCAGCUUAA